GCAAAGUGUGUUCGCAAAAGAUGGCAGCGAAAGUGCUAAUCGCGUUUGCCACCAUCCUCCUGACCUUCGCCGGGGUCGUAGUGGGUCAGCAGGAACUGUCCGAACUGCCGGAAGUUAAGGGAUACAAGCUGCACUGCAUCGAGUCUAGUGGAAUUACGGAGAGCUCGGCAAAGAAGCUGGCCGCUGGUGAAGCCAUUAAAGAUCCGGAUCAAGCAACAAAGUGCUUUGUCCAGUGCUUCUUCCAAAAGCUGCGCCUGGUGGACGAGCAGGGCGUCGUGCUGAAGGACAAGCUGGAGCAGUUCCUCACCAAGCUGAUGGAUGCGGACAAGGCGAAGGAUUACGUGAAGCAGUGUGACCUACGGCGGGCGAACCCAUGCGAUACGGCGUACGCCGUGUACGAUUGCUAUUUGGGCAAGAAGGCCAAGUUGUUUUGAAAAGCCAAAAUAAA